AUGGCUGCUUUGAGUGCGACUUCACUAUGCACUCACAAGAUUUUGUGGUGUCAACCAAAACCUAGAAGAUGCUUCUUUUCUUGCUGUACGCCUUCGCUCUCCGUAAAGAGUUCACGGGGCUCCAGUGCCUCCAGAGUACCACGUAGAAGGUCUGGAAGAACAGAAGGACCUGGAAAGAGCAUGGAAGAUUCAGUUAAACGCAAGAUGGAGCAGUUUUAUGAAGGGUCCCAUGGCCCUCCAUUACGAAUAUUACCAAUUGGUGGUCUAGGAGAAAUUGGGAUGAAUUGCAUGCUUGUAGGGAAUUAUGAUCGUUACAUUUUGAUUGAUGCUGGUGUGAUGUUUCCAGACUACGAUGAGCUUGGUGUCCAGAAGAUUAUACCUGAUACCACAUUUAUCAAGAAAUGGAGCCACAAAAUUGAAGCUGUUGUUAUCACCCAUGGUCAUGAAGACCACAUUGGUGCGUUGCCUUGGGUCAUUCCGGCUCUGGAUUCUCAUACGCCAAUAUUUGCUUCAUCCUUCACAAUGGAGCUUAUUAAGAAGCGAUUGAAGGAGUUUGGUAUCUUCGUCCCAUCUAGACUUAAAGUAUUUAAGACACGGAGAAAAUUUGAUGCGGGGCCAUUUGAAAUUGAACCAAUUGCGGUCACACAUUCUAUUCCUGAUUGUUCUGGGUUGGUUUUACGCUGUGCUGAUGGUACUAUUCUUCAUACAGGGGACUGGAAGAUAGAUGAGUCACCACUGGAUGGUAGAACUUUUGAUCGCGAUGCCCUAGAAGAACUCUCAAGAGAAGGAGUAUCUUUGAUGAUGAGCGAUUCAACAAAUAUACUCUCACCAGGAAGGACAAUUAGUGAGACAGUUGUUGCAGAUUCCUUGUUGAGGAAUAUUUCAACUUGCAAAGGAAGAGUUAUUACUACUCAGUUUGCAUCAAAUAUUCAUCGUCUUGGAAGUGUGAAAGCUGCAGCUGAUUUGACUGGCAGAAAAUUGGUAUUUGUCGGCAUGUCAUUAAGGACAUAUCUAGAUGCUGCAUGGAAAGAUGGAAAGGCACCCAUUGAUCCAUCAACUCUGGUGAAAGUGGAAGAUAUUGAUGCCUACGCCCCAAAGGAUUUGCUUAUUGUCACCACUGGUUCUCAAGCAGAACCACGUGCUGCAUUGAAUCUUGCAUCCCAUGGAAGUAGUCAUUCUCUCAAGUUGAACAAAGAAGAUGUGAUUUUAUAUUCUGCAAAGGUUAUAAAAAAUGGGGAGAUGCUGGGAGUGUCACAUUUGAGAAACCGAAGGGUUCUAUCAAAUGGUUUCAUUUCCCUGGGGAAAGAGAAUUUGCAGCUGAUGUACAGUGAUGGUGACAAAGCAUUUGGAACAGCUAGUGAACUAUGUGUUGACGAGAGGAUGAGAAUUGCAUCUGAUGGUAUUAUAGUGGUCAGUAUGGAAAUUUUGCGCCCCCAAGCUAUAAAUGGUUCUGUCGAAAUGGCUCUAAAAGGAAAAAUAAGAAUUACCACACGUUGCUUAUGGCUUGACAAAGGAAAACUUUUGGAUGCACUUCAUAAAGCUGCACAUGCUGCACUAUCAAGCUGUCCUGUCAAUUGCCCUCUGGCCCACAUGGAAAGAACUGUUUCCGAAGUUUUGAGAAAGAUGGUCAGAAAGUACAGUAGCAAAAGACCCGAAGUUAUAACUAUUGCUAUUGAAAAUCCAGACGCUGUUCUUGCCGAUGAGAUUAAUGGAAAACUAUCUGGAAAGUCACAUGUUGGUUUUGGGAUUCCAGCAUUGAGAAAAGCAGUUGAUGGACAUCAAAAGAACAGACAACUUACUGCCACACUAGAGGAAGAUGGCAAUGGAAUUGCACUAGUGAGAAGUACCACAGAACAAGAAUUACAAGUUCAUGACAUUGACAAUGAGAGACUUCUAGAAGAGGAAGAAACCUCAUCAAGUUCUGAACCAGAAAAAUCUCCCGAUGGUGACAAUUCGGAUGAUUUUUGGAAGUCAUUUGUUGUACCAUCCGUGGUUAAUCAACCAGAAGGUAACAGCGAUUUACUUCCAGAGCAGGAUCAAAACGAGGUGGUCAAAGCGGAAAGCAGUCAACUUGAUUCCAGCACGCCAAAAUCUAGAUUAAAACCCAAGACUGCAAAACGGAACAAAUGGAAACCUGAAGAGGUUAAGAAGCUAAUUGAAUUGCGCGGGGAACUCCACAGCAGAUUUCAAGUUCUCAGGGGACGGAUGGCCCUUUGGGAAGAGAUAUCUUCAGAUUUGUUAUCUGAUGGAAUUACUAGAAGUGCAGGACAAUGCAAAUCUUUGUGGACGUCUCUCAUUCAGAAAUACGAGGAAUGUAAGAAUGAUAUGAAAAGUCGAAAGACCUGGCCGUAUUUUGAUGACAUGGACAAGAUUUUAUCAGAUUUGGAGACGACAGUGCCCAAAUGA